CACUCAGCCCCCUCCUCCUCAGGUGAGGCCGCAGGCUCGGCAGGCCCCACGCCGCUGGCCGCUGCUGCCAUCCUUGCCUCCCGGGCUGCCCGCCGCUGUGGGGACACCAUGCCCCUACCCAGGCCCGGAGACUAACCCCAAAUCUGCACCAUCUCCGGCGAACCCCAGGGUUCCGCCCCAGCCCAACAGGUCAACCUGGGAAUCAUUAACAAGAGUCCCUGACAUGGCGAAGAAGGAGGAUGGGGAACCCGGGGCUCGAAGAGGUGGUUCCACAUGUCCAAGACCUCAGCCGGGAAAGGGUGGCCGGACUACACCGUGCUGCUCUGGACCCAAGGUGGCAGCUCUCACUGUGGGGACCCUGCUUCUCCUGACGGGCAUUGGGGCCGCCUCCUGGGCCAUUGUGACCAUCCUUUUGCGGAGUGACCAGGAGCCGCUGUACCCAGUGCAGGUCAGCCCCGGGGACUCGCGGCUUGCAGUGUUCGACAAGACAGAGGGGACCUGGAGGCUGCUGUGCUCCUCACGCUCCAACGCCAGGGUGGCCGGGCUCGGCUGCGAGGAGAUGGGCUUCCUCAGGGCCCUGGCGCACUCCGAGCUGGAUGUGCGGACCGCCGGCGCCAACGGCACAUCAGGCUUCUUCUGCGUGGACGAGGGCGGCCUGCCUCUGGCUCAGAGGUUGCUGGAUGUCAUCUCUGUGUGCGACUGCCCUAGAGGCCGAUUCGUGACCGCCAUCUGCCAAGACUGUGGCCGCAGGAAGCUCCCGGUGGACCGCAUUGUGGGGGGCCAGGACAGCAGCCUGGGGCGGUGGCCGUGGCAGGUCAGCCUGCGCUAUGACGGCACCCACCUCUGUGGGGGAUCCCUGCUCUCCGGGGACUGGGUGCUGACAGCUGCACACUGCUUUCCAGAGCGGAAUAGGGUCGUGUCUCGAUGGAGGGUGUUUGCCGGAGCUGUAGCCCGGACCUCACCCCACGGCAUGCAGCUGGGGGUCCAGGCCGUGAUCUACCAUGGGGGCUACCUUCCCUUCCGAGACCCGAGCAGCGAGGAAAACAGCAACGACAUCGCCCUGGUCCGCCUCUCCAGCCACCUGCCUCUGACAGAGUACAUUCAGCCGGUGUGUCUCCCCGCGGCGGGACAGGCCCUGGUGGACGGCAAGGUCUGUACGGUGACCGGCUGGGGUAACACACAGUACUAUGGCCAGCAGGCUGUGGUGCUCCAGGAGGCCCGGGUCCCCAUCAUAAGCAACGAGGUCUGCAACAGCCCUGACUUCUACGGCAACCAGAUCAAAGCCAAGAUGUUCUGUGCUGGCUAUCCCGAGGGCGGCAUCGACGCGUGCCAGGGUGACAGCGGCGGCCCCUUCGUGUGUGAGGACAGCAUAUCCGGGACGUCCAGGUGGCGUGUCUGCGGCAUUGUCAGCUGGGGCACAGGCUGUGCCUUGGCCCAGAAGCCGGGAGUGUACACCAGAGUCAUUGACUUCCGGGAGUGGAUUUUCCAGGCCAUCAAGACUCACUCCGAAGCCAGCGGCAUGGUGACUCAGCCCUGAGCCCGCCUCCUCUUGCUGGGCUGCGCCGCGCAGGCCCCCAGAGCCCGAGUUUGGUCUGAUGGCUGCAGCCCCGCACGGUAGGCCCCACCCUGGGCCUCGCAUGGAACUUCUCGGAUCCAGUCCACAGGUCCAAGGACUUCUCUUCCACAGUGGCCGGCCCACUCAGUCCUGGGGCCUCUCGGCCUCACCCUCCCACCCCGUGUAAAUAUGACUCUGUCCUCCGCGGGCUGCUUUCCAGGCACCCCUUGUGGGGGUGCCCUUUAAAUAAUAAAGGCGGUUUUGAUUAA